UCCUGGUUUUUACAAACAUCACGGAGAUCACGAUAAGAGGAGAAACGGAGAGGUCUGCGGAACUCCGUUUCUAUAUUCACAAUCACUACAAUGCGUCGCUCAGCGCUGCGAGCCGUCGAGUCGGCCAAGCCCCUCGCUCGAACUGCUCCUCGUACAGCUUCAAGGACCUUCGCUACUACUGUCGGAGAGCCGAAGGUCAAGGACCCUGCAGAGCUUGACCAGAUUACAACACUGCCAAAUGGAGUCCGUGUGGCCACCGAAUCUCUACCGGGCCCCUUCUCCGGCGUCGGUGUAUAUGUCGAUGCUGGAUCUCGGUAUGAGGAUGACAGUCUUCGGGGCGUGAGCCAUAUCAUGGACCGCCUGGCCUUCAAAUCGACCAAGUCACGGUCAGGGGAUGAGAUGCUUGAGGCAUUGGAGGCACUUGGAGGAAACAUCCAAUGUGCAUCGUCCCGCGAGUCCUUGAUGUACCAGUCCGCGAGUUUCAAUUCCGCCGUCCCAACAACACUUGGUCUCCUAGCGGAAACGAUCCGUGAACCACUGAUCACGGAUGAAGAAGUCGAUCAGCAGCUUGCGACUGCGGAGUAUGAGAUCGGAGAGAUCUGGUCGAAGCCGGAGCUCAUCCUCCCUGAGCUUGUUCACAUGGCUGCGUACAAGAAUAACACUCUCGGAAACCCACUGCUAUGUCCGGAGGAGAGGUUAGGAGAGAUCAACAAGGCUGUUGUUGAGAAGUAUCGCAAGACUUUCUUCAACCCAGAUAGGAUGGUUGUUGCCUUUGCCGGUGUUCCCCACGAGGAGGCCGUAAAGCUCACCGAGAAGUUCUUCGGAGAUAUGAAGAAGAGUGAAGGCCCUGUUCUCUCUGGGGUCGGAAUUGAGACCUCCCUUUCAGAUUCCGAAUCAGUCAAGCAGGAGCGUCAGGUGCCUACUGUCCCUCAGUUCAGUCCGACCUCGACAACCUCCAACACCGCGCAUCUUUCGUCGCAGUCGAAUAUCCUUUCGAAGAUUCCUUUCCUCAAAAAGUUCUCUACACCUCACAAUGAAACAACGGUCUCGCCGAUUGACUCCAGUCUCAUUCAGUCAUCGACGUUGGACCUCAACCGCCCUGCCCAUUAUACCGGCGGCUUCCUCUCGCUCCCUCCUAUUCCGCCUCCCGCAAAUCCUAUGCUGCCCCGUCUGAGUCACAUCCACCUCGCCUUUGAGGCCCUUCCCAUCUCCUCUCCUGACAUUUAUGCACUCGCGACCCUGCAGACCCUUCUGGGAGGUGGCGGAUCUUUCUCUGCCGGCGGUCCCGGAAAGGGCAUGUACUCCCGUCUCUACACCAACGUGCUGAACCAGCACGGAUGGGUUGAAAGCUGCAUUGCCUUCAACCACAGCUACACUGACAGCGGUCUCUUUGGUAUCUCUGCGUCGUGCAGUCCCACGCGAACUGCUCAGAUGCUCGAGGUUAUGUGCCGGGAGCUGCAGGCCCUGACCUCUGACACCGGCUACUCCGCUCUGCAGCCGCAGGAGGUCAACCGUGCUAAGAACCAGCUCCGUUCUUCUCUCCUGAUGAAUCUGGAGUCGCGCAUGGUUGAGCUCGAGGACCUCGGCCGACAGGUCCAGGUCCACGGCCGCAAAGUUCCGGUCAAGGAGAUGUGCGAGAAGAUCGAGUCACUGACCGUCGAGGACCUGCGACGGGUGGCCAAGCAGGUCUUUGGCGGCCACGUCAACAACCGGGGACAGGGCACAGGCAAGCCAACGGUCGUGCUUCAGGAAGGAGAGUUGGAAGGCUACAAGCUGCGACCGUUCCCUUGGGAAGAGAUCCAGGAGCGGAUUUCCCGAUGGAAGCUGGGGAGGCUGUAGAUAGUUAUAGUUCCCCGGCGGCCAUGUAGCACUAUUACAUCACUGUUGAUUAAUGUACAAUAUAGAUCUUUUCUUUUUUAUGUGCAUUUUCCCUUCAGCGGUCCACGGUGAUCUGGAUAAGACACGGCAUGUGAAGUGAUGAUACUCAUGGUGACGAUUACCACCAGUACUAGAGUAUAUAGAUAAUAAUGAAUUCUCACCUCAUUUGAGACUGAAUGUUAUGCGUUCUCGUCUUAUUUUCGCGCCAGUCCAUAGAGAACGACGGGUGUGAUCGAUCUGCUUUCUAGGGAGGCUACGGAUAUACGGAUUUCACGGUCGCGUAUGAAAGUGGCCAUUGUAAGUAUGUAGAUUGUCCUCACGGAAAGACCAUGCCACGAGAUUCGAAACCACACUUGGGAUUGCAGGAAGACAACAAGUAAUAAUAUGUAAAACAUAAGUUGCAGUCAAUGAUCACCCAUAAGAAGUGCUGUAAAG